AUGCUGCAAAUGAUCCAGUGUUUGGGAAACGAAGCUCUCAAUAAAAGCAAAGAAAGCUCCAAGAAAUUUGAUAAAAGAGACAGCAUUCAGUUAAAGAACAAGAACUCUAGUUUUGCAACAAAUCCCACCUUAAUACACGGGGCCGGGUCAGCAAAACCGAUCAUCGUCUGUCCAUUGUGCAACUCCUCUCACGACCUGGACGACUGCCAACUUUCUCUGAAGAAAACCGUCGAGCAAAGAAAAGAAUAUUUCAAGCAGAACAAGAUGUGUUUCGCCUGUUACGAGAAGAAUCACAUUUCAAGAGGCUGUUUACGAAAAAGAAAAUGUAAGAAAUGUAACAAGCCACAUCCAUCUGCUCUUCACGUUGAUGACUUUAAAUUAGAGAAUCAAGUUCGUAAAAGCGAGGAAGAAGUGAAGAAUGCAUGUACCAAAAUGCGCUCCAAUUCUCCAAACGACGUGGUAGUCGUACACGCUAUCAUAUCCGUGAAAGUCAAGCCGAAGGGUAGUACCGAAACAGUAAGUACUUAUGCUUUUUAUGACAAUGGGAGUGGAGGCUGUUUUCUAACAGAAAAUCUUCGAGAGCAGCUCGGUGUGCAAGGUCAACGUACGAAGUUGCAGCUUGGAACAAUGCUCGGUCGUAACUUAGUGGACAGUACCAUUGUAGAAGAUCUGGUAGUGACCGAUAUGAAAGACUUGAAUGCAGUUGAAAUAACAAGACUGUAUACAAGAACCGAGAUACCGGUAACAGACAGACAAAUCCCUACACCUGGAAUGGUUCAACGGUGGCAGCAUCAUCACGAAAUUGCGAAGCUGAUUCCAGAGUUUCAACCAGAUCUCGAGAUUGGUUUGUUAAUCGGUAGCAAUUGCCCAGCAGCACUCGAGCCUUUAGAAGUCGUGCCCAGUCGUGGUGAAGGUCCCUUGGCGAUGCGGCUUCGUCAUGGAUGGACUUUGAAUGGACCUUUGUCUAUAUCCAACACAUCACAAUCUGACAUCACGUGUCAUCGAAUUACUGUUCGUGAAACCAAUGAUACAGUUAAAGAAGUUAUUUCACCCGAGGCUAUUGGAAGAAUGUUUGAAUUGGACUUCAACGAUCAUAAAGUUGGUCCUGAUGAACGAAGCUUUUCCCAAGAAGACAAGAAUUGGACUUCAACGAUCAUAAAGUUGGUCCUGAUGAACGAAGCUUUUCCCAAGAAGACUCUUAAUUUCUAACUAAGAUGGAUAAUGGCAUUCGUCUAACCAAGGGCCAUUAUUAGACACCCCUGCCCAUUCAGAAAUCCAGAGAUGGUAUUGCCAAACAACAGAAAUCAAGUAUUGAAACGAGCAUUGUGGCAGAAAAAGAAAAUGCAACGUGAUACUAAAUACCACCGUGAUUACUGUAACUUUAUGAACGAAAUCAUUUGCAAAGGUUACGCUCGAAAGAUACCCGAGAACGAGGUUUGUCCAGCAUCUGGCCAAGUAUGGUACAUCCCACAUCAUGGCGUCUAUCAUCCGAAAAAGCCUGAGAAAAUACGCGUUGUUUCUGACUGUAGUGCUGAUUAUGCUGGAACAUCACUAAACAAAUUACUGCUACAAGUUCCUGAUCUUACAAAUUCUCUUAUCGGUGUCCUUACCCGCUUGAGAAAAGAACCAAUAGCCUUUAUCGCGGACGUAGAGGCUAUGUUCCAUCAAGUGUGGGUACCAGAAGAACAGUGGAACUACUUGAGGUUUCUUUGGUGGCCAGAAGGUGAUUUGAAUGGGGAAAUAGAAGAGUAUCAAAUGGUGGUGUGGAGAUGUAAGCUUAAAUCCAGGUCCUAUGGAUGUCUGUCAAGCAUGUAAUAAGGGAUGUAGGAAAAAUCAGAGAGCAAUUCAGUGUGAUGACUGCGACAAUUGGUAUCAUGUUAAAUGCAUAAACAUGGCCGAACCGGAAUUUUUACAUCUCACCAACCCUGAAAAAUCAGAGAGCAAUUCAGUGUGAUGACUGCGACAAUUGGUAUCAUGUUAAAUGAAUCAAACCGCCUGGAUUUGCAUUUCGUGUUUUUGUCCAUUAUCUAGUUCAACGACCUCAGACUUAAAUCCUGAGCCCGGAAAUCCUCAAACGGACCAGGAACCAGAUAUUCGUCUAAGAAGAGGUUUAAAAAUUGCUCACUUAAAUGUAAACCGCCUAAUUUGUAAGUUUGAUGAAAUCAAAAAACUUAUUGAAAAACAUUCUUUCGACUUUUUGGCUUUGAGUGAAACUUGGCUAACAUCGAGCAUAAGCGAUGACGAACUCAAUAUAUCUGGUUAUACCUUUGCUAGGAAGGACAGGAGUGAUCCUACGAAGUCGCAAGGUGGUGGCAUGCUUGUGUAUGUUAAAUCUUGUAUCCCUUAUAGUAUAAUAUCGAGUCAGCCCAAUUCAACAGUAGAACAAAUUUGGAUUGACGUGGCAAGGCCUCAUUGUAAGCGUAUGAUCAUUGGUUCGGUUUAUCGUCCGCCGGACUUAAACAUUUCUGUUUUUGUACAAUGUUUAAGAACAUCGCUUAAUAAAAUCUACUCUGACGGCUGUGAAAUUGUGAUCUUAGGUGACUUCAAUGUUGAUGUCAUUAAAGCCGUUCCAAAAGAGUUAAAGUCAUUUGCAUUGGAAUUCAAUGUGGACCAAUUAAUAAAAGAUCACACAAGAAUAACUGAAUAUUCCAGAACAAUAAUUGACCUAUUGUAUGUUAACAAUGGUCAUAAAAUAGUUCAAGCUGGAGUUAUGCAUCCACUGAUCAGUGACCAUUCACUAAUUUUCUGUGUAAUAAAAGGAGGAGUUCAACGCGUGCCACCAAAGCAAUUUGAAUAUCGUUGUUUUAAAACUUACAAUAAAGAAGUUUUUGUGAGUGAUCUAAAUGCCGUUCCUUGGUCUGUCAUUGAGGGGGUUGAAGAUAUUGAUGAACAAGUAUUCAUAUGGGAACAUUUGUUUAACGAGGUUGCUGAUUCGCACGCACCGAUACGAUUUAGGCGUGUAAAAGGCGUUAAAAAUCCCUGGGUUUCUCCCGAUUUGAUAAAAAUGAGAUAUAACAAACAGUUCUAUUUCAAAAAGGCCAAAUCGACAAACAGCUCCCAUCAUUGGAAAAAGUACAAGUCGCUGAGAAACUCUACAAAUCAGUUAGAGAGGAAACUUAAGUCUGAAAUAUUAUUGUAAACUAAUCGAAGACAGUAAAGGUGAUGGGGGAAAAAUGUGGAAAGCGAUAAAAGAAACCCUGCCACAUUCAACAAACUCUGAUAUAAACGCCAUAUAUGACGAUUGCAAAUUACGUACUGGAAGCAUGACCAUUGCCACGAUUCUUAAUAAAUAUUUCACCUCUAUUGGCAAAAAGAUUCAGAAAGUUUUUACUAAUAUACCAACUAUCUGGGCCAGACAACAUUAAGUGCAAUUAUCCAUCUAAAUUUCAGCUUCUAAGUGUCACAAGUGAAUAUGUUGAAUCUGAGUUGCUCAAGCUGAAAUCUAACAAAAUGCUGGAUUAGACAAGAUUAGUGUAAGAAUGAUGAAGGAUGCGGCUGGUGUAAUUGCUCCCGUACUUACAAGAAUUAUCAACAAUUCCUUCCUUAAUGGAUGUUUUCCUAAGAGAUGGAAAUCCGCAAAGGUGUUUGCGUUAUUUAAAGAUGGAGAAAGGACAUCUAAAGAUAACUAUCGCCCUAUUUCAGUCCUCUCGGCCGUUAGUAAAGUUAUCGAAAGGAUUGCACAUGAUCAACUGGGUGGUUACCUAAAGGAAAACUCCAUUCUAACCUCGACGCAAUUUGGUUUUCGAGCAAAUCGUUCAACUGAAAUGGCCUUGACUAAUUUUACUGACGACAUACUCAAGCAUAUGGAUAAUAAACAAGUAACUGGUGUUGUUUAUCUAGACCUGAAAAAGGCUUUUGACACAGUAAACCAUCAAGUUCAAAUGAAAAAAUUAAAGAGAAUUGGGGUUCAAGGUCAAACGCUGUGCUGGUUUCAAUCUUUCCUUUCAAACAGAUCUCAACAAACAAUCAUUGCAAAUUCACUAUCUGAAAGUUUAAAGAUCACUGUUGGAGUGCCGCAAGGCUCUAUACUUGGACAAUUAUUGUUUAUAAUAUACAUUAAUGGUGUGAAUUAUUGUUUAUAAUAUGCAUUAAUGGUGUGCAAUCAUGCUUGAAAAACUGCCGUAUGGUGAUUUUUGCAGAUGACAUAGCAAUGUUUUGUCCGGCUUCAACAGCAGUAGAAUUACAAGCCAAACUGGACUUUGAUCUACAAGGUGUCAUGAAUUGGCUACGGAACAACAAGUUGUUGCUAAACGUUCCCAAAUCAAAACUGAUGAUUAUCGGAAAUUCAAGAAAGUUGAAAGAGUUUGCGAACAUUCAGCUAAUCGCAAAUGAUACACCAUUGGAAAGAGUCCAAAAUUUUAAGUACCUUGGUGUUGUUAUUGACGAGAAUCUCUCUUGGAAGAGUCAUAUCGAAAAGUUACGUUAA